GAAGUCAGAAACAGCUGGGCGAGGGAUAGGAAUAGAAAAAAGAAGAGCAAGCACCUGAGCUUUCAGUGUCCAUCAUGGGAGACACUAAGCUCUGCCUGUAUCUUCUACUCAGCGCUUAUGCCGUGGCUGAGUCUAGCGCUCAAGUGAUUGAUGAAACAGCAGGAGAAGCAUCAAUAUGCCCACUGGCAACACGAUAUAGGAACUUCAGAAAAUAUAAUUAUGAGUAUACAGCUGAAAGCAGCAAUGGCGUGCCUGGAACUGCUGACACCAAAAAUGGGCCCAGGAUAUCCUGUAAGGUAGAACUUGAGGUUCCUCAAACCUGCAAAUUUGUCUUGCGCACCACUGAGUGUGCACUGAGCGAGGUGACUGACAUCGACGCUCAGGGCCAACCAGUCUACACAUCAGCUCCUGGAACUGAGUCCUUCAAGGCCGCCAUGGAGAGGAGCCCCUUGAGUUUUGUGGUGGAGAAGGUGAUUCAAGUUUCCGUCUAUCCUGAAAAGGACGAACCUGAGAAUAUAGUGAACAUAAAGAAGGGAAUCAUCUCUGCUCUAUUAGUGCCUGUCAUUGAGGAGGAGCACAAUAAGAUAAUGAGUACCAUUCAUGGCAAGUGCCGAACUGACCUCACUGUCAACUCAAGGAACGACAUAGACACUGAUGUCACCGCGGUCAGAGAUUUGUCAACAUGCAGUCACUUUUAUCCCUCCAACCUCCCCACUAGUCCUUUAUCUCUUCUGCUUGAUCUGAAUGAACUUCUCACCAAGUUCAUCACUAGCACCCAAACCUGCAACUACAAGUUUGACAACAAGAAAAAGCACAUGACAGAGGCCCAAUGCACAGAGAAGCACAUCUUCAUUCCAUUCUCUCACGAGGGCCAGUAUGGUAUUUCUUCUGAGGUGAAACAGAGUCUGGUUCUGCGAGAUUCAGUGAAGAUUAACAACAGAUAUUUCAACAUAGAUGGUAAAUCUGUUAAACCACUUUUCCAAGAAGAACUGGAAGACACAUCCUUUAUCCAGAACAAAGAGGACAUUGUUACCCUGAUGAAAACCCUCAAUGACCUGCCUCGCUCAGGAAAGAACCGGGAGAGGGCACGUCUAUUUCAUAAACUUGUUUCGCAGAUCCGUGGAAUGAAGAACAAGACCUUGUCGUUAGCUGUUGAGGAGAUGACAGGGAUUUCCAAAUGGCUGACCUGGCAAACUCUGCUCCAGUGUGGAACCAGUGAAUGCACUAGUGCCAUUUUGCAGGUCCUGAGAGGUACUGAUGAACCAGCGUGGGAGGUAGAUGCCAUAACGUAUGCCUUGAGUCUUCUGCCUCAAGAAAGUCCACAGCACCUUAAAGACAUGCUUAGCAUGGCCCAGUACCGCCAGAGCAAGCCCAUCAUGUAUGCUCUUGCUAACACAGUAAAAGAAAUCUCCCAGACUGUUAAUGCUCCUGGGGUGAAAGAUGUAGCAGACUUUAUGGAGUUUAUGCUGGGAGACUGCUCAGGAGAUGAGGAUAAAACCUUUCUUACACUGAGGGUCAUUGGUGUCAUGGGGAAAUAUAUGGAAGGCUUUCCAUCACUAAAAUCUAAACUGUUAAGCUGUAUGCGCCAGCAGGAUGCUUCCUUGUCAGUACAAAAAUCAGCAAUCCAUGCUUUCAGGCUGAUGGAACUUGACUCUGAUGUAACUAACGCCCUGUUAGAGCAGUACAAGGACCGUCAAGCACCAGCUCAGAAACGUAUUGCUGCAUAUUUAAUGUUAAUGAAGAACCCUGAUGUAGUAAAAGAGGUGUUGAAGACACUGAAAGAUGAGAAGGAUUUACAGGUCAAGAGCUUCGUUGUGUCUCACAUCACCAACCUACUGAACACAGAUGAUCCCAAUCUCCAGACAGCAAAGGAUUACAUUAAGAAAGCUUUGAAAAGUGAUGACUUAUCUCCAAUGGAUUUCACCAAGUUUUCUCAUAAUUACAAGAUUAAUGUACCAUGGACUGGUUCUGUAGAGAGCAAUGUCAUCUUUGACUCUACCAGUUAUAUGCCCAGAGAAGUCACAUUGGCAACUACCCUCGACAUUUUCAACUUUGAGCUACUGGAGAUUGGUCUGGAGGGAGAAGGUUUUGAGCCAACCAUUGAGGCCCUGUUUGGUGAAAAUGGAUUAUUUCCAGAUACCAUCUCCAAGGCUAUGUACUGGGCAAAAGACCAGGUUCCACCUCAAAUCAGCAUGGUUCUCGAAAAAUGGAUUGCUCCUUUGAAAGACAGCAGAAAGAAGAGAGAGAUUUCCCAAAACAUUUUGGAGCAGAUUAAGAACAACUUUGAGAAGUUUAAACAAGACCUCAAAUCCCUCAAAGAGAACAAAGAUGCCCCUAAAGCCAUGGCUUACCUCCAGUUGAUGGGAACAGAAUUGGGAUAUCUGAAGACAAGUGAACUUACAGGCAUUCUUGAAAAUAUGAUGGUGUACACAAAUCAUUUCAUCAAGGACAUUUUAUCACAAUCUCUACAGAAACUGUUAUCUGCAACAGAUAAUGAGGUUUAUGCCCACUACAUGUUCCUGGAUGAAGCCUUUAUCUUACCCACAGGUUCUGGUUUCCCUCUGAAGUUUUCUUUGGCUGGAGUUUUUGCCCCUGGUGCAACUGGAGGCCUGAAGUUAAAAGCUGGCAUGCGACAACUUGCAUUCAAGCCAUCAAUGGGAGUGGAGUUUGUUACCCAGAUGGGUGUCUAUUUCCCAGAAUUUAUAGAUGCUGGUAUUAGAAUGCACACAAAUAUGUACCAUGAGAGUAGCCUGGACUCCGAAAUAACAUUGAGGCCCAAUCAAGUCAAGUUUUCCUUCCCUGUGACAAAGGAAAACACCAAUCUCCUAAGUAUCAGCAAUGAGCUAUUUUCAAUCACUUCCACAACGGCCACUAAAGUGUCUCCUAAUGAGGAAGAUAAAACUGACUCCACACAAUGCAGCCCCAUCUUCCCUGGAAUGAAGUACUGCACUGUACUUCGCUACUAUAAUGCCAACUCUGCUGAUUCCCCCUAUUUCCCCCUAACUGGAGAAAGCAGGUUUGCACUAGAGCUUCAGCCCACUGGGGAUGUAUCAGAAUACAGUGCAACUUUCUCGUAUGAUGUCUUGAAAGAGGGCAAGGAAGGUCGCCAUAAGGUAGACACACUGGUUGCUUCUCUGAAGGCUGACGGCACUACACCUACAGUGGCUACUGCUACUUUGAAAUAUAACCGUAACAAGAAAAUCUUUACCAGUGAGCUUCAAAUACCAGACUUUGAUGUUGAGGCGGGUAUUAAGCUGGCACUCUUGGAUAACACUGGCAAAGGGAAAAAGAUGCAUGGUAUUACAAUUGAUGUAAGCAACAAAAAGAAUCUACAGCUGUCCUUGGUUGGACGUGCCAGACUGGAGUCUAUGUCAGAUGGGAUGCUAGAACUAGAGAUGUCAGUACCUGCCCUACAGUUGGAUGCUUCUGCCACAGCCAGUCUAAAGAAACUGAAUGGCCUUGUUUUACAACUUGAAACAGCUUUUAACCUCCCACAGGCUUCAACAUUGCAGAAAGCCAUUCUUAGAUAUGAUGAGAACAAGAUUGAGCUGGAAAUGAAAUUAGAUAUGAACUCUGAGGUUACCAAACUUAUCCCAGACAUUGAAAACACCCGCAACCAAUUACAGUUAUUAAUUGAUGACAUCCUUGAUAAAAAGGUGGCCAAGACUGAUAUGAAACUUCGACAUAUUGUUUCAAAAGUUAUAGAGGCAGGUAACAUUUGGCUUGACAAAUUCGGACAGGAUAUUCCAUAUAUAAAAACUCUAAGAAGCAAAAGAAAUAUCCCAGAAUUCACUCUGCCCUCUCUACCAGAGAAUUUGUAUUUAAAUUCUGAUGCACUCUUCCGGUACCAGUUCAACAAUGGCAAAAUGUUCUUCUCACUGCCUCUUCCUUUCUGUGGAAUGUCCUCUGCAGAGUUAAACAUUCCCUCUGUGAUAACACUCCCAUCUGUCAACGUGCCAUGGCUUGGGCUUGAUUUGCCUGAAACUAAGUACAGAAUCCCUUCCUUUACUGUGCCCGAGAGCUUGGACUACUCAUUGCCCUUGAUUGGCAUGGGAGAGAUUUCUGCUAAAAUAAAUAGCAACUUCUUCGACUGGGAAGGUUCAAUCCAAGGGGGGAAUUACACAGAAGAUGUUCCCAGCUUUAUUGCUAAAUACAAAGUUAUAGCCAACAGUCCUGUGACACUUCUUUCACAUAAAAUUGAAGGUACAGCUCUAGUUUCUGGAACAGCUGUUGACACCUUUAAGAUACUUGCAAAUGGGUCCUUGAACCACUGUUUUCUUGAUGCUAGCUUAAGUUUCUUUGAAAGCAUGACUGCUUCCAAAUCCAUGGCAACUUACAAGCUACAAGCAAAAAGCCCAUUUGGAUUAGAAACUUCUUUGCAUUAUUCUACUCAGGCUUCUGCAACAGACUAUGAGUUCACUGCAGUUGGAAAUUUGGAAGGACUCUUCCAAAUAGGACCCCUGUAUGCCAGCACUGCACUGUCCGAAUCCUACAACAUUGAUCUCCUUAAAGAUAAAAAAACAGCAGAGUAUGUUCUGAGAUUUAACUCUUCAUUUACCCAGGGCCAAACUGUUACCAAGAUAGAAUAUCACAAUGAAGAGUUAUCCAUUCUGUCCAAAACAAGUGCACAUGGGGAUGUUCUGAAGCAUGUAGCUGAAGUGAAGUACAAAGAUGGCCAGCUGUCUUUAAAAUCAGAUGCUACAGUAACAGCACUUAACAAAGCACUGCAGAUGAAGGCUGACCUACGUAUGACAAAUGAAGAAGCCAACUUAAAAUUCGAGACCCAGGCUCACGAUGCAACAAAUCGAGCCUACGCCAUGCUCAUGGGCUCUCUGAAUGACAAAGGACUUGAAGUAAACUUGGAUGGUUCCCUAAACAUGGAAAAUAGCCAUGGAACACACAAAUGUACACUGACAUUUGGAGAGAAUGGCUUGGCUACAAGUUGUACAACAACCUUACAGUGUAGUUCAAUGACAUUUGAGAAUGUCUUAAAUGCUGGUGUUGAUGCAACUGAUGGAGCCUCCCUGUCUCUUAUGACUAAAGCAUUAGGUCCGGACAGUACAGCUGAGUUCAAUGUCCAGGGCAAGAUCUCUAAGACUGAAGUUAACUUAAACAGCAUUUUAAAAGCCAAUGCUUUUGGGGGUGAUACAAGAAACACAAUGAAUUUGGCCCUGAAUGAGCAGGGCCUGAGUGUCUCCAAUACUAUGACAGGCAACUUACAGAAGAUGAAGACUGAAAGCACUCAUACACUGACUGUAACACUAUGGACCCUGGCAUUCCGCUCCAAAACAGACAGUUUCAUCUGUGAUGGUGCAUCGUACAACCAUGAUAUUAAUGUUAACAUGAAGCCUUUUGUUACAUCUGUGCUCUUGAACAAUAAAGUUGAAAUGUUUGACAUCACAUUCAGCAAUGAUGGCUCUCUAAAGUUGGAGCCAUUUAAGUUAGAAGGAACUGGCAGCAUUACUGGAAAAUAUAAGGAGAAUACCAUAAAGACCACUUGUGGAAUCGUUUUUUCUGAUUUGAGUGGUUCAGUAAAAUGUGACUCAACUGGGAAAGUUUUGGAAUCCAAGAUCAGCCAGAACACUGAAAUGGAAUUUGCUGGAUUGUCCUCUAUUUUUAAAAGUGAGACCCUUUUAAAUUCCAAAACUUUGCGGCUUGAAAAUGUCAUCCGUACAAUGGCAGUGCCAUUCAGCCUUACUGUUGAUAGCAUUUUGAAUAUUGAUGGCUCAGUAAAUUGGUAUGGUAAGCACACUGGACAAUUCUAUAGCAAGUUCCUCUUGAAAGGCGAACCUUUUGCAAUUGCUAAGUCUCAUGACUGGAGAGCUUCAUCUACACAUAUGUUACCAAAUGGGAAAUCAGCAGAAACUCAUAUUGAAAACAAGUUUGAUGGCUUGUUGAUGCCCAAUGAGCAGUCCAUUCUGUGGAUAUUCAAGUCAAAGUUAAAUAACAAUGCAUACAACCAAGAUGUCAGUAUUUACAACAAGGAAGCAGAUAUGGGAAUUAAGCUCUCGAGUGUGCUCCACACAAAUCUCUUAUCUGGUGGAUCAAGUGACAAUUCUUUGGAAAUGCAAGAAUUCGGCAUUUCUGGUUUCCUUAAGUAUGAUAAAAACAGUAACUGUCACAUCAUUGAUUUGCCCUUCAUUGAGAGCCUUCCUGUUGCCUUUGAAAAAAUGAAAACCACAAUUGUAAAUAUUCUUGAGUCCCUUCAGCAGUACCUCAAUGGUUUGGAUAUCAAUGAUUUAGUCAGACAGUUCAGAGAGAACUUGGAAAAAGCUCCACAAAAUGUUCGCUACUACAUGGAAGAACUUGAUCUACAGAACAAAUUAAACAUGGCUAAGAAUAAGGUGAUUUCCUUAGCACAAGACUAUGCUAUUACCUUGGAUGAUUUAGAAGACUCUAUGGAGAAGCUAAAGAUUGCUUUAGAAAAAACCUUAAUUGGUUUUGCUACCAAAAUAAGAGACAUUAAGGUCCACAUAAAAGAUGUUAUUGAAAGUGGAUCAUGGACAAAAAUUCUGGAACAAGCUGGCAAUGUACUCAAAACCUUCGAUGAAAAAUAUGGCAUUACUAGUACAAUACUUAAAGUCAUAAAUGCUUUUGAAGAUGUAAUCAGUCAGAUUGAUCUUCAAAAGUUGCAGGACAGCAGCAUGACCUGGCUGAGGACUCUUGAUGCCAAACAUGAUAUUAGAGCAAAACUUAAAAUAAAACUAACGGAACUAAGACAAGCAAUAGAAUCAUUUGACAUUACAACGUUUGUUCAGGAUUUGAUCAACUAUAUAAGCGCCUUUGAUCUGGGGCAGUAUGUGAAUGAGCUGUCUGAUCACAUCCCAGCUGAAGACAUUGAAAAAGUGUUAGAGUCCAUCAAGGAUGUCAUUGUCAACUGGAUUGAGGAAUAUGAAAUCUUGGAAAAAAUCAAUUAUGCUUACUCAAAAAUAGGUGAGCUGUUUCAGAGAUAUGAAAUUGAAAAGAAGAUGGAAAUAUUAAUAGAACAAGCAACCAUUCUUAUCCAGCAGUACAAAAUUCACAAGACAGUUCAGGCAGUGGUAGACAAUUUUAAAUCCAUUCCAUUUGAAUACUUUUCAGACAAGAUCAUUGAACUACUUCAUACUAUUGAGCGUGAACUGAAAUUACUUGAUAUUAAGCAAAACAUUGAUGAUUUAAAUAAUUAUAUUCAAAUGAUUAUUAAGUAUCUCAAGACGUUUGAUUAUAAUGAAUUUGUCGACAAAGCCAAUGAGAAUGUCAGAAAAGUAAUCAAUUACAUUAAUGAACAAAUAAUGCUCUAUGAGAUCCCACAAAAAAUAGAGGCAUCCAGGGACUUUCUAAGACAGAUGCAUGCUUCUACUGUUAAGUAUUUGGAGCAACUAAAAAACACUAAGGUAUCUGAGCUUUACAGGAUGAUAAAGAGUGUAAUAGACAGAACAGCUUACAGGGAUAUUAAACUGAAGAUCCAGGACACCCUUGAGGAUAUGAGACAGAGAAUCCAGGACAUGGACAUCAGAGAUGAAAUCCGUGUUUACUUGGGAAGAGCAAGUGAAUCCUACAACAAUAUGCUUGCCUACAUCUCAUCAAAAUUGCAUGAUUUGAUUACGAUGAUACGCAAGGUAUCUGGUGAGCAAGACAUUCUUACCCAGAUUCAACAAGCUAUGGAAGAAGUUCUCAUUUUUUUCAAAAACGCUGUAAUUGAAAUGCCAGAUUUUACAAUUCCGUUUACUACACUUCAUGUUCCUGCUUUUGAAAUAAAUCUGACUAGGCUUCAAGAUGUUAAUAUUCCAUCCGACAUUGCAAUACCUGAAUUCAAAGUUCUGGAUUUCAUGUAUGUGUCAUCUAUCUCUAUUACUUUUGAAGAAAUUAAACAGAAGAUAAUUGAGUUUAUUGACCAACUGAAAACAGUUGAAAUUCCAGAGCUGGAUCCCGAAGCCACAUUUGGUGACCUAAAAGCACUUUAUUGGUAUUACCUGCCUGACUUUAGUUUCCAAGAGAUCAGACUUGUGGAGCUCAAGUUUCCAGAAAUUCAUAUACCAAAAUUGAAUAUGGAAAAUUUUGAAAUCACCAUGUUGCCUAUUCCUGAAGUCAAACUGCCUCACUUUACACUAGAACCGUGCAUACCUGCUUUUGGGAAGCUGCAUGGAGAAUUCCGGUUAAAUUCCCCACACUACACAGUAAUGACAGUGGCAGCAAUUGAGAAUACAACAACUACCAUCUUAGAGCCACAGUUCAAAGCUACUCUUACAUCAAAGGUUAAGUCAACUCUAGAAGUCCUUGGUUACUCUUUGGAUGCAAUGCUUCAAAUUAAAGCCCCUGACAUGAAGAAAAUGGUGAUCAGUGAGACCAUAAAAGCCGACCACGUGGCUUUUACUAUCAGUCAUGAAGGUUCACUUAUUUUUAGUGGCCCAUCAGCAGAGGCAACAGCGAAGACAGAUGCUAAAGCUACAACGCAAAUAUAUGAGGCUGACUUAAAACACAAUGUAGGAAUUGUCCUAAAGAAUGGAAUAUCAGUCAAUAUUGACACAACCUACAACCAUGACCUAAACAUCCCCACUAUGGAAAUAUCAAACCAGGCCAGGUUUACGAAAAAAGCUGAGGCUCAGUUUGAAUCUGGAACCAUCUCUGUGACUUGCAGAAAUGUAGGAAGUGGAAAAUGGUCAAUCAAGGACUAUGCUGAUGAAGGCAUCCAUAAAAGCAAUCUGGAACUUAGUGUCAAUGUAGGUACUGCAAAGCUAACCUUUGAUGGUGAGACCAACAGCAAAAUCCUGAAAGCAAAACAAUCAGUCAAGGCUGAAUCUGUCAUCCUGAGUCAUAUUAUCAUUGAUGCUAGUGCUGAGACAGAGACUCCCUUAAUGAAGACAAGUGUAAUGAAAUUGACAGGUAAAGCCCAAAUGGAGGGUCUCAGAAUUGAACUAACAGCAUCACACAAUGCAGAACUGACUGGAAAAGUUGGUGGAACCCUGUCAAAUUCUUGUGAAUUUUUGGCCCAGCCAUUUGAGAUCACACUUGACUGCAAAAAUAAAGGACAUUCUAAAAUAGUCUUGCCCUUUAAACUAACUGGAAAGCUUGAUCUCCAGCAAGACUAUAAUAUGAUUUUGAAUUCUGAAAAACAACAUUUGGGUUGGGUGGGUCUAAUUCGAUUUAACCAGUACAAAUAUAACCACAACCUCACUUUAGAUAACGGUGAAAAAGAUGCAGGAAUCUAUAUAUCAGUGGAUGGUGAGGCUAAUCUUGACUUUUUGACUGUCCCACUAACUAUUCCAGAGAUGACAUUACCAUGGCUUGAAACUACCACACCCAAGAUCAAAGACUUUUCUUUGUGGGAGGAUUUUGGCCUAAAAAAGCUACUGAGCACACCUCGUCAAUCAUUUGAUAUUGAUUUUAAUCUGCAGUAUCAGAAAAACAUGGACAAACACACUUUUAACCUGGAUCUUAAACCUGUCUACGAAUAUAUUAAUGAAAAUGCUCACAUCUUGGCUGUACAUUUUGAACUUGGACGUGACAAAAUCUUUGAUGCCUUAACAUCUUCUUAUAACCAAGCCAGGACUCAAUUUGAAAAAUUCGAUAUUGACACAUCCAAACAGCCCCCAAGGUAUUUUACUGUUCCUGGAUACACUGUACCUUUGUUUAAUAUUGAAGUAUCUGCCUUUAGAGCUGAACUGCCUGCAGCCAGCUAUUUCAUACCUAAAGAAGUGAGCACACCUAGUUUUAAAGUCCCUAUGAUGGGUUUUUCAGUGCCCUCCUAUACCCUAGUACUUCCAUCUCUAGAACUGCCUGUUUUGUAUGUGCCUGAGACCCUCAGGGAGCUGACGCUACCUACUUUCACCUUACCAGAUAUUCAGAACCACAUCAUGAUACCUGCUCUAGGAAAUGUGACAUAUGACUUCUCAUUCAAGUCACCAGUGAUUACUGUAAAUUCUAAUGGUGGCCUCUACAACCAGUCUGACAUUGUGGUUAAAGUGGGAGCAUCUUCCACCUCUGUGUUCGAGUUCCUUAAGGGUAAACUUGAUGGUACAACCAGCAUAACUAGAAAAAGAUGUCUGAAAGUGGCUACAACUCUGUCACUAGAGCACAAAAAUGCAGCAUAUACCCAUGACAGCAGUGUCAGUUUCACCAAGAGGAGUAUAGAGACUUCCCUCGCAAAUGUUAUGAAAAUCAACCUGCCUGUUUUUACAAUGGAUCUGAAUCAGCAACUUCGUGGAAAUACCAAGACCAAGCCUAAUCUUGCCUCAAACAUGAAGGUUGAGUACACUUACACUCUACCAUCAUUAAAAACUGAAGGAAAAGGAAACAUGCAACAUAAUCUUGAGCUUGACGCACUCUCAUCCUAUUUCUCUGUGGAGAGUUCUUUGAGGGCAAAGGCAGAUGGAACGCUGAUGGAAAAGGGGCAUUUUACAGAAUCUUUAGACAAUAAUGGAAUAAUAUAUCUAAAUUCCAAUGGUCUACGUUUCACUGUAAAAACAGGAUUAAUCUCUGAUUUUGAUUACCAAAAGGCUAAAAUCUGGAAUGUGGAUAUGGCCGAGAACCUUGAACUUGAGGCUUCUCUUAGACGCAUUUAUGCCACAGUCAAUUAUACAAAUAAUAAUGAGGUGAAUAUCGCUUCUUUCUCAACUAAUGGAAAGCACACUGCGAAGGGAACUAUUGAGUUUGUUCCACUGACGACCAUGUCUGCUAGUCUAAAUAUUGAUAUAUCGCAGCCAUCUAAUCUUGGUCUUGUAAAUAUAAUGGAGAAUGUGGAGCUAGCUAUCACCUCAAGUAAACAGAAGUUAAGCUGUAGUGGCAAGGAACAAUUAGGAACAAUUAAACAUUCCAGUAAUAUCAUGCUGUCCAACGAUGAAUCUGAGAUACGCAUGGAGAUUGCAGAAUCUGUUGAAGGUUAUCUUGCAUUUUUAAAGUCUGUCAAACUGCCUAUCUAUCAGAAAAAUGUAUGGGAUGUGAUGAAGUUUGAUGAGGCUACCAGCCCCGACCAACUACAAUUCCUUAAUGUUGCUACUCACUUGGUAUAUACCAAGAGUAUGGAUGGAACACUAUUUUCACUGCCUGCCAUCAUAUUCGAAAAUGGAAUUGUUUUCAAUAUUCCAAAAACAACACUGACUAUACCCAACUGGAUGAAGCAAAUUCCAGAGAUGAUACGAGAAGUGGAUCAGAGAUUUGAAAAUGUUGACAUGCUUGAUUCUGUUUCUAUCCCACCUGUCAUCACUGUUCCAACUUUUGGUGUGCCGCUUACAACUCUUCAAGUGCCAUCCUUUACCUUAGAUCUACAAAACCUGAAAAUUCCAGAUUCUAUCAGCAUGGAUUCUUUUGAUAUAACUUUGCCCGGACUGCCAAAAGUUAAAGUUCCCAGCUUUGAAAUCAACACAAAAUACAUGAUGGACAAAGUGGCUUUCCUGCUUUUGAAGGUACCUCAAUAUGAAAUCACAAUCUCACCAUUUACCCUGCCAAAAUCAUUCAAUAUUGGUGAAUACACAUUUAGUCUGGAUGACCCCAUUAAAGCAAUAUGCAAUUUUGAGAUGCCAGCUAUAACAAUCCCAGAACAAAAAAUUGAGAUCCCAGAGAUUUCACUUAACAUACCUAUCAGUGUAUUUAUACCAUCGUUUGGUGCCCUCUCCACUUCUGUGAAAGUUUCCUCUCCAAUUUACAACAAUACAUGGACUGCAAAAGUAGAGAACAAGGACCCAGGCUUUGUUUACACAGCACAAUCCUCAUGCACAUCCACCAUGACCUUCCUAGCAUAUGACCUGGAAGCUGUUGCCAACGUCGUAUUUGAUAAUGGAGCUAUGAGUCUGGAUGGGAAAUGCACCUUCUCCCAUAAUGAUGUAAAGGUAAACUGGAAGCAGGAUCUCCAUCAGAAUCUAAGAAUUAAACGUGAGGAGCCUCCUGCCUCAAGGUCCCCAAGACACACACUGGACAUUGAUGUAACAAGCCAAACCUUUGCUGAUAUGAAAUUUCGCUAUGCUUCCCACAAUAAUGGCAUCACAUCUUCAGUAUCCUACCCAGAUGGCUUCGUUGGAUUUCAGUUAACUAAGAGGUCACCGUCUCAGUAUUACGCAAAACUCUUCACCAGAUCGUUGACAACUCCUGACAAGGACACAGACCUGCUGAGCGUCAAGGUUACACUUAAAAACUCUCAAAAGCUGAAUCUCCAAACUAGCUGGCAUCUUAAUGGGUUCUUUGACAUGGUGAAUGGGAUUAAGGUCAAGCUGCCUGAUAUGACAGCGGCUAUUUAUGAUUUUGUCAACAAAUAUCACAAAGCUCAUUUUGGCAUUGACCUUAAUCGUGCUGCUUUGAAACUUAAGAAUGCCGUAGCUAACAGUAUCGAGAGUGCUUACAGUAACAUCCCGAGGGCAUUUGAUGCGAUUCAGAACUCAAUUGAGCACCUCAGCCAGCAGAGUAAAGAAAUGAUGACAAGAACAAUAAAGAACAUCCCAGAGAUCAACUUUCAGGAUGUGAUCUCCAAGGUUUCUACCAAAGUCAAAGUACUGCUUCAGCAUUAUGAGUCCAAUGUCAGGGUCCUAUUAGAUGCUAUAAUGAAGUUCCUGAGUGAGACCAAGUUUCAGUUGCCAGGGUUGGAAGAGAAGCUCACUGGUCAAGAGAUGUACUACAAGAUGAGACGGUCGAUUUCAGCAGCAGUCAAGAGAGCUGCAAGUAGAUUUACCAGCCUUAUGGAGACUAUAGUUGACACCAUUGAAAGUUUUGUCAGUAAAAUAAAUUUCAGUAUUCCCACUACAAAUGUAGUUGUUAACGGUAAAGAUAUUUUAAGGAAUUUUAAGUCUGCUGUGAAGUCUACACAGGAUUGGAUUAUUCAAGCAAUGAGGAAGUGGGAAGGUCUGAAGCUAGAGAAACUGCUGCAGAACAUAAGUGACUUUGUAAAACUCUGUAUCCAGAGGGCAGGCGAGUUUAUUACCUCUUUAAAUGCAGAGAAACUAGAUGAGCUUUCGAAUCAUCUCAAGGGAAUUUACACUGAGACCAGCAAUAAACCAGCAAUGCAGGAAAUUGUAAGGCAGAUACAGUUGGCGAAAACAAAUGCAGCUGAGUACAAAGACAAGGCACAGUUGAAGGUCAAGGAGGUCUUCAAUGACAUCUCCAUGGAGAACCUUAACUCAGGAAUUAGUGAAUCAAUUUCAGUCGUAGAGAACCACCUUAGAGUUAGCGCUGAAAAUUUUAUUGAAUUGACAAAGAACGCUUCACAGCAUAUACAGCCAUAUAUAAAGAUAACCAGCAAAAAGGUUGAUAUGGAUAUUCCUCUGCCUUUCUACUGGAAUUCUUUCAGUGAAUGGCCAAGUAUGACCUGAAUGUUUAGAUUUUGAAUGCUUUUUAUUUUGUUUUAUUUUGUAAAACCUAAGUGUUAAAAAUGUAUGUUUGAGUGUUUGUGUACAAGUUGUUAACAUGCCGUGGAACUAUUAGUUGUAACCGAACAUGAUUAAAGUCUUCUCUGCAUAUGGGUGAAUAUUUUUCUUUGUUUUGUUUUUUUAUACAAUUAUACAAUUUCUCAUUAAAUUAAGCAUCUUCAACAA